GAUUUAUUUGUGUAGUAAGGAAGUUAUUUUUACUCCCAGAGGUUGUCUCCCUCCCCCUUUCCUCAUCUAACACACAAUUUAUUGUACGUGAGGCCUGAUCCUAUGUUUAUUACAGGGAUUUGCAUAAGGACUACAGGAAACCAACACCGUUUUACUAUGUUCCCAUUGCAAGAAGUAAAAUGGUGCCUUUGAGGAAAGCUGCUUCAUCAGACACUAGUUCAGCAUGCCAAGUUAAAGCCAUCAAUGGUGAAACAGCAGAUGUGAAGGCUAGUUGGCAUGAAAGCAUAUGAGUCAAAGACUUUCCUAUGGGAAAGAAAGUGCUUCAUUACACUUUAUCUAUAGUGAGAACAUUGGGUUUAUCAAGCUGUCUGAAAAUUAGAAUAUGAUGAGUUUUAUUACUCUCGCUCUGCCAGAGUGAAUUCAAUGGUUAAAAAGAAAGCAAUAACACCAUUUUGGGAAUUAUAAGAAGUGAUUAGGGUUUUAGCAUAUUUAAACUUGGAAGGAGCAGCAACUUUUAUCUUCGAAAGUAGCCUCUCUAAAAUAUCUAAGGGACAGAAGUUUAAUCCUUUUCUAAUUGCUACAUUUGCAAUAUGUGUUAACGCAGCUUUGGGCACUUUAACUGAAUAAAGAAGUUGUAUGUUUGACUGAAGUGUAAAAUCUGAGAAACAAUGUUUUAAUUGCCUUGGAAAAUAUGUGCAUGAGGCCCUGCCACUCCAGCAUACACUAGUACACUACGGUUCUCUCCCUCCCUUGUUCUCCCUCCUCUACUCUGUGCAAGGACCAUUCCUGCUGUUUGUCAAGUCAGGUUGGCAGCUCAAACACUGUGUCCCAACUCAUCAGACUUAGGAGAGAGGGCCCCACAGGGAGUGAGAAAACUCGAAAGUCAGUUAAUACAGUGAUGUUGAGCUAGCAUGUCAAGAGCUGGGUAAUGGAUAAUCGUUGUCACUGCGAGAGUUUAUAGCCACUGGUUAGGCAACAUUCUGAAGGAAAUUCAAGAAGGACAUAUUUUGGAUGCAAAAAAUAGGCUGAGAAAAUAUUAUCCAAAAAUACCUUGACAUUCUAAAAAUUGCAGUGCUUUAUAUCUUACAUAAAACUAAAAUGACAAAUUCCAUUUCUUCUAUAUAAAUUGCUGAAUGGAAGCAUCAUUUGGUAUUUUUAAAACAAACAUACAAACAAAAAAUCCCAGACUCUAAUUUGUUAAUGUUUUGAGGAAAUUAUACUUAUUGUGGCUGUGAAAUAUCUAUUGAUCGUUUUGGGGGUGGGGGGUGUUGCUGCUCUGACUUUUGAGUAUCAGCAAAGACAUAUUGUUCUCAUUUCUUAGAUAGCCCAUUAAUUACAAGGCGAAUAUCCUGAAAUUUGUGCUUAAUUUAAAAUAUCCUUGGCAGUUUAAUGGUCUUGAUUUUCCACAUUAUUAUGCUGCCUUUUCAGGGAGAAGCUAUUAUUUUGUUGCAAAGGCAUUUUAGACUAAUUAGCAUCUUUGGUCAGCUGAAUUUUCAUUUGUUCAUUUAUUUUCCUGUCUCUUUCCAAAAGCCAAAUUAUUCUAAAAACAGUAAUAUCACUUUGUUGUUUGUUAUUAAGAGCUGAUUGAAGAUACCACAUACUAGUUAAGUUUUUUUUUCUUUCUUUAUGAAGCAAAAGGAGAUUUACUAUUAUUUGCUGCUGCUUCCAUCUUCAAUGUUAGACUUUUAUUUAAAGAUAAUACUGUACUAUUUUACCCCUUGGGAGCAAGCAAGAUGUCAAGUGAUGCAUCCUUCUGAUGCUCAAUAAUCUUACCACUUUAUCAUGCAUAUUUGCAAGGAGGAAGCACAGUUUAUAAAUCAUCUCUGUUUAUUUUACAUUCUUCUCCUUAACUCCAGAUAGAUCAGGAAAAGGACAAAAUAAAUUUUGGUGCUUGUUCAUAAGUGUUGAUAACUGCAAACUGAAUAUAAUAAAUUCCUCAAAAAUACUGCUUUAAGAAAUAAAACUUGGUUAAACAUUGAUGGCAAAUGUCUUAUUCUUAAAGAGAUCUUAUUCUGAGACAACUUGAAUCUUUAUUUUUAUGCUGUGAUAUUAGUGGCUGUGGCAGUGCCUAGAAUUGUUUAAUUGCCUAAUGCACAAAGGUGAGCGCUUUUAUUGAUGUGUAUUCAGAGAAGUUCUUUAAUAAUUUUAUAAACAAAGAACUCUCCAGAUGACUGAAUGUGUCUGUGUAUGUAUGUACAUGAAGAGUGUGUUCUGUAAGAAUAAGGUAUGCUUUCUUAAUUUGAGUUAAAUUAUGGAUGGUUAUAUAAUUCAUUUCUCUAUACCCAGUUUCCAUCUUAAAUCUAUUUAGAGAAAGAGUAGUUCAGGGUUGGCAAUAAAAUGUACUUUUACAUUUCCUGAUAGUAUUUGAAUUAUGCUUCUGAUUGUCAUUAGCCUAUUGUAUACACCAUAGCACAAGUGGAGUUCAGUGAAAAGAUUUGAUUAUCUCUAAAGGUAGGUGUUUCAUUUAUUAAAUAUUGUAAUUACAGCUAAUCAGAAGCUACACAUUAAAUUAGUUUGCUUUGUAGGUCCCUUGACUGUUUUCAGAACACUAUGAGCUUAUGGUUCAUUUCAAUUUAUUACAAAAACAAUUCAAUAAAAGCCAAAGAAUUGGGAAACAGCAUUACUAAUGGAUAUAAUUUAUUGUUGAGUCAAUAUAAUAGUUUAACAUAAUUAUUAAAGGCAUAGAACAGGUUGUGGCAUAAAAUCCUACAUUCCUCACUCAUUACAGAUUUAUUUAAUUUCUCUGGGUUUCUGCUUUUUUGAAUUUAUCUCCCAUAGAUAAAUUGAGAGUAUAUGUCUUAUAUAUUAUUCAUAUACCACUGAACAUGUACUAAAUUAUCUAUAUAUAUUUGCUAUUAUCCUUAUUGUGAGGAGCUUAAAUGUUGAAUUGUUAAAUUUCGGUAGCAGAUGAAACCAUUUCCCCCAAUAUGAAUACUGUACUUUUGCAAAUACAGGUUACCUAUGGUUAAUGCUACAAUCUGACACUCAGUUGCAUUCUCAUUUCAUUAAUAAUUUGGUCCUGAUUUUAGAUUAUUAAUAAACAAAUAUUCUGGAUUACUCUCUAAUCUCACUGAAAAGAUAAAGUACAUCAGGAAUCUAUUUCCAUGUACACAUUACAGAUAGUCAAUCUUUUAAAAUGGAUUUUAUUAUUUUAGUGCAGUUUCACGGUCACAGCAAAAUCAACAUCGUGGGACUUUAAAUAUAUUAAUUCACACUCUUCAAGAGUUUUUGUCAGCCUUCUCUUUCAAAACCAGAAAAUAAAAACCCAGCCUGACUCCAACAAAUAGAUAUAACUAAACUAAGUGACUUAGGAUUCCAUAUUGUCAGAAUGAAAAGUGGUGACAACCCAAGAUGGUUAUGACUGAGUGAAAUGAAUUUUGUUAAAAACGACCUUCUUUAUGAUCUACCUGGAAAAUUUUAACAAUUAGGGAGGUGUUUCAGAAAGGAUGCCCCCAAUUUGGUGGUGAUAGUUAUGAUGAGAGUUGUGUUGAAGAAAGUGCUGAUUGUGACAGAGACCCCCUUGGAAAUUUAGAAACAGAUGUAUGUUUGUGAGAAAAAAAAUAAUUAACUUGCAGAUAAAUAGCAAAAGUUCUUCUCAAGAAGCCAAAUAUACUAGUAUUAGUAAAAGGAUAAAACUUCCAAAUUUAGAAAUAUGUCUGCCUUUGAAGCUGGCUGAGAACUAAUUUUUGUGCAGGCAGGAUUCUUGAGAUCACUGUAUGUGGCUUUUGUUUUAAUGAAGCAGCUUAUGAGUAGCAUCAAGGUUUCCAGGCUUUACUUUCGGGACUGCUGUUUCCCUGGGGGCCUAACAAUUGCAAGUGGCCCUUUCGUUGAUUUUUAUACCGAUGCCAGAGUGUACAUAUCAUUUUAGUCAAACUCUUACAGCUAAAACAAGUAAAUCUAUUGCAUUUUGAAAAUAAAAAUGAUGGCUAAUCUGUUCCCAUCUUUAUUAUUAUUAUUUUUUCUGCAUUGUUAGUAGCCAUGUUAUAGGUGUCACCUCUACCUUUCUCACUCAUCUUUAUUCUGAGUGAUGUUUCUUUCCUAAUCUCAGGCCUAAUGUGUUGCCCCUGCUGUGUCCUGGAAAUGAGGUUGCAGUGAUUUACUAGCCAUUAGAGAAACACUUUAGUAUUUUAUCUUAUUUCCCUUCUUUGAAUUCCACAAACUUUGAAAGUAUCAAAAGUAGUAGUGUACUCUAAAACUCUUCCAAGAAAUUCUACUAUGAAAGCCUAAGGAAUAAACUGGAUUUUUAUUUUCUUAUGGCUUCUAAUAAAACAAGUGUGGUUAUAGAGCACAUGUAAUACAUCUAGUGCACUGAGGAGUAAAAUAUGAAAUUUGAAUUAUUCAAUUUUUAUUAAAUUGAAAUUUUAAAACCAAAGCAGUGUAAGACAUUUUUCCAAGAAACUUAAACAUAUAUUUCAUUUUAACCUUUGCCUCAUAUAGGAUGUUGUAUUAUAGAGCACGUGAUUGGUGCAUGAGUUGUUUCCAGCACAUCAGUGAUGUACUCAGUGGCAAUGAUUUGAUUCAGUUUAAAUGAUUUCUUCUAUGUACUACUGUAACAUUGUAAUGUGUUUAUUUGAAUAUUUUAUGUAGGUGAAAUAAAUUACAAUUAUAACUAUCUAAACCAUAUGAUUAUUAAAUUGAAAUGCAUACUAUUAUUUUAAUCAAAAUAUAAUUAAAUUAUUUUUCUAGUUUAAAAAAUACAUAUGGGCAAAGUUUCUAAUUUAAAAUGAAGUUACACUAUUAAGAAGAAUUAAAUGAAAAUGUAGAAACUGGUACUACAACUGGAAGAGUAAAGAGUAAGAGAGUCUGGAUAAGGAUAUGUUAACUGAUUUCACAAUGAAUAAACAUUGCAAUUUGCUGCAACAAAGCAAAAUGGAAAAAUUGUUUGUCAUAUAUAUAUUUUUAAGAUAUUAAUCUGAUCAUUAUCAACAUACAUUCUCAGAAAAUACAAACUGAAUUUGAUAUGCAUUUUUUUCUUAAUAGUAAAAAAAAGAAACAAGGAAGUUAACCAAAAUUGGAGUCAAAUGUUCAAUACAUUUAAAAGUAUGUUUUGACAGAGUCUGAAGUUACACUUUUGGACUGUUAUACAAUAGCUUGGGUUUUUAAACAAAGAAGACCAUUUUUGGAUGGAAAGAUGGUAACAUAUGUUAUUUCAAUUAUGAUUAUUUUGUUACAAAGUUGUAAAAAUGAGAUUAAAAGAAAUAUUGUAAAUAAGCAAAAGAUCUUUAAUUAAUCAACUAAAAAAUUGCCCAUAGUUUACAAUAACUUUCUAACAAUAGGAAAAAUCAGUUGAUCCUAAUUUUUAAAAAUGGCAAACAAGUGCCUUUUUUAAGAUUAGAAUGAGGUAUACAGUAUGAGAAACUGUCCAAUUAAUACUUUGGGUACAUUUUUUCCUCAAAUGACUCCCAGAUUUAGGAGAAAAAUUUCAAUUUUUAACUAAAUAAAGAACUAGUGGCAUAGAUUUUUUUUGUAUCUCUUACUGCUAUUAAAUAUUAAUAUCAGCUAGAAAUAGAAAAUGUAGUUUAUUACAAGAUGGUCAUGAUGAUGGAUGCUCUAGCUAUGUUAGGUUAAAAAAAACAGAUUUAUUAUAAUUUUAAAACAAAAGGCUGAUGUUUUUCCUUGAUAUGAUUUGGCUCUGUUUCCACACACAAAUCUCAUGUCAAAUUGUAAUCCCCAUGUGUUGAAAGAGCGGUCUGAUGGGAGAUGACUGAAUCAUGGGGGUAUUUUCUAAUCGUUUAGCAUCAUCCCCAUUUUCAAGUAGUUCUUUACAGCACUGUGAAACAGACUAAUAUAGAAAUUGGUACCAGGAGAGUAGGGCAUUGCUCUAAAGAUAGGUGAACAUGUGGGAGCAACUUUAGAACUAGGUAGUGGGAAGAGAUUUGAACAAUUUUGAGGGCUCAGAAGAAGACAGGAAUAUGUGGGAAAGUUAGGAACUUCCUAGAGACUUGUUGAAUGGUUUUGACCAAAAUGCUGAUAGUGAUAUGGACAAUGAAGUCCAGGCUGAGGUUGUCUGAGAUGGAGAUGAUGAACUUAUCGGGAACUGGAGUACAUGUCACUCUUGUAAUGCUUUAGAAAAGAGACUGGUGGCAUUGUGCUCCUGCUCUAGGGAUCUGUGGAACUUUGAACUUGAUAGAGAUGAUUUAGGAUAUUUGGUGGAAGAAAUUUCAGAGCAGCAAAGUGUUCAUGAUGUGGCCUGGCUGCUCCUAACAGCAUACAGUCAUACAUGUUCACAAAGAGAUGGUCCGAAAUUAGAACUUAUGUUUGAAAGAGAAGCAAAGCAUAAAAGUUUGGAUAAUUUUCAGCUUGAACAUGUGGUAGAAAAGAAAAAUUCAUUGUCUGAGGAGGAAUUUAAGCAAUUGGCUGCAGAAAUUUGCAUAAAUAAAGAAGAGUAGAAUGUUAAUAGCCAAGACAAUAAGGAAAAUGUCUCCAAGGCAUUUCAGAGAUCUUUGUAGCAGCUCCUCCCUUCGCAGGCCCAGAGGCCUAGGAGGGGAAAAAAAUGGAUUCAUGGGCCAGGUCCAGAGCUCUGCAGCUCUGUGCAACCUCAGGACAUGGCACCCUGAGUAGCAGCCACUCCAGCUCCAGCCAUGGCUCUAAGUAUCCAAGGUACAGCUCAGGCCAUUGUUUCAGAGAGUGCAAACCCCAAACCUUGGCAGCUUCCAUGUGGUGUUGGGCCUGUGGGUGCACAGAAGGCAAGAAUGAGGUUUGGAAUCUUCACCUAGAUUUUAGAGGAUGUAUGGAAACACCUGGAUGUCCAGGCAGAAAUUUGCUGCAGGGGUGAAGCCCUCAUGGAAAACCUGCACUAGGUGUGGAGGGGAAAUGUGGGGUUGGAGCCCCCACACAGAGUUUCCACUGGGGCACUGCCUAAUGGAAAUGUGAGAGAAGGGCUACUGUCCUCCAGAUUCCAGAAUAGCAGGUCCACCAACAGUUUGUAUCUUGCACCUGGAAAAGCCACAGACACUCAACACUAGCCCGUGAAAGCAGCUGCAGAGGCUGUACCCUAAAGAGCCACAGAAGCAAAGCUGCCCAGGCCUUAGGAGCCCACCUCUUGCAUCAGCAUACCCUGUAUGUGAGACAUGGAGUCAAAGAAGGUUAUUUUGGAACUUUAAGAUUUAAUGACUGCCCUACUGGAUUUUGGAAUUCCAUGGGGCCUGUAGCCCCUUAGUUUUGGCGAGUUUUUCCCUAUUGCAAUGGGAGCAUUUACCCAAUGCCUAGAUCUUCACUGUAUCUUGGAAGUAACAAAAUUGUUUUUGAUUUUACAGACUCAUAGGCAAAAGAUACUUAUCUUGUCUCAGAUGAAACUUGGAUUGGACUUUUGAGUUAAUGCUGGACACUGUUGGAAAAGCAUGAUUGCAUUUUGAAAUGUGAGAAGGACAUGAGAUUUGGGAGGGGAAAGGGUGGAAUGAUUGGUUUGACUCUGUGUCCCUACCCAAAUCUCAUGUAGAAUUGUAAUCUCCGUGUUUUGAAGGAGGGGCCUGGCAGGAGGUGAUUGGCUCAUAGGGCAGUUUUUAAUGGUUUAGCACUGUCCCCCCAAUGCUGUCUCAUAAAUGAGUUCUCAUGAGAUCUGAUAAUUUUAAAGUGUGUGGCACCUACUCCUUCUCUCUUUCCUGCUACUAUGUAGGGCAUGUCUGCUUCCCCUUCACCUUCCAUCAUGAUCAUAUGUUUCCUGAGCUCUCCCCAUCCAUGUACAACUUUGACUCAAUUAAACCUCUUUUCUUUACAAAUUACUCAUUUUUAGGUAGUUCUUUAUAGAAGUGUGAAAAUGAACUAAUAAAUCCUUUUAGCUUUACUAUAUGACACUGAAAUUAUUUGUGUUCAGUUUUCUGAAGCAGACUCUGUGACAAGUGUCAUAGACACAGUUGUUAAUAUUAUUUAGUAUAUAUGUGUAAGUGCUAUGACUCAUUGCCAGUUUGUAGAACUAUUGAA